AUGUUGCUCAUCUGCCUCGUCUUGAUUGUCGCUACCGUUUACGGUAUCCCGGUAGAUAACGGCGUCGAGGGCGAACCUGAGGUCGAAUGCGGUCCUACCGCGAUCACAAUCAAUUUCAACACUAGAAAUACGUUCGAAGGUCACGUCUAUGUGAAAGGCCUCUAUGAUCAGCAGGAAUGCCGAAGCGAUGAGGGUGGUCGACAAGUAGCGGGAAUCGAACUUCCGUUUGACUCUUGCAACACAGCCAGAACGAGAUCUCUAAAUCCACGUGGUGUGUUCGUCUCAACUACUGUGGUCAUCUCUUUCCAUCCGCAAUUUGUUACCAAAGUCGAUCGCGCCUACCGGAUUCAGUGCUUCUACAUGGAGUCUGACAAAACCGUCAGCACUCAGCUUGAAGUCUCUGACCUUACCACCGCCUUCCAGACACAGGUAGUUCCCAUGCCUAUCUGCAAAUACGAGAUCCUAGAUGGUGGCCCGUCCGGACAACCAAUACAGUUUGCUACCAUUGGUCAGCAGGUAUACCACAAGUGGACUUGUGACUCCGAAACUACGGACACUUUCUGUGCAGUGGUACAUACUUGCACCGUUGACGAUGGGAACGGCGACACCGUACAGAUUCUUAAUGAAGAUGGAUGCGCUCUUGACAAGUUUCUUCUCAACAAUCUCGAGUACCCGAGCGAUUUGAUGGCAGGCCAAGAAGCUCACGUUUACAAAUAUGCUGAUAGGUCACAGCUCUUCUAUCAAUGCCAGAUCAGCAUCUCAAUCAAGGACCCCGGCAGCGAAUGCCCACGUCCACAGUGCUCAGAGCCAACAGGUUUUGGAGCCGUUAGACAAGGUACACCCAGAGCAGGUCAAACUGCUCCUGGUGCUCCAGCAGCAGCAGCACCUGGUGCUGUAGCAGCAGGUGCUGCUCAAUUGAGACUUCUGCGCAAGAGAGAGGCAAGGGAUGAAGCUAUACUGGACGUGCGAGCUGAGAUUAGUGCUAUCGAAAUCACGGACCAGGACUCAAUGCCGCCUUCACUCAGAGCCUUAUCGCCCUCAGCACCAGUCAGUGAGCGCUUCGACUCUUCGGUGUGCCUAUCGCCACUCGGCUUCGCGACGUUCAUCGGUUUGGGGACCCUACUGGCCACUUCACUUUCAGCAUUUGUGUUCUAUGCUGCACGGCCCCACCAUAAGUACUAG